GGCGGGCGGGCGGGCGGGAGGCCUCUGGAGGCGGAGCCUGGCGAGGGAGGGGCGCGCGGCGCGGCGGGGGGGCCCCCAUGGCGAAGAAAACCUACGACCUGCUCUUCAAGCUGCUGCUGAUCGGCGACUCGGGCGUGGGCAAGACCUGCGUGCUCUUCCGCUUCUCCGACGACGCCUUCAACACCACCUUCAUCUCCACCAUCGGGAUAGAUUUCAAGAUCAAAACAGUUGAAUUGCAAGGAAAGAAGAUCAAACUGCAGAUAUGGGACACAGCAGGGCAGGAACGGUUUCACACCAUCACCACCUCCUACUACCGAGGUGCCAUGGGAAUCAUGCUAGUGUAUGACAUCACCAAUGCCAAAAGCUUUGAAAACAUCAGCAAAUGGCUCAGAAACAUUGAUGAGCAUGCCAACGAAGAUGUGGAGAGGAUGCUGCUAGGUAACAAGUGUGACAUGGAUGACAAGAGGGUGGUGCCCAAAGCAAAAGGCGAACAGAUUGCAAGGGAGCACGGUAUUAGGUUUUUUGAAACUAGCGCAAAAGCAAAUAUUAACAUUGAGAAGGCAUUCCUCACGUUAGCAGAAGACAUUCUUCGAAAGACCCCUGUAAAAGAGCCCAACAGUGAAAAUGUAGAUAUCAGCAGUGGAGGUGGCGUGACGGGAUGGAAGAGCAAGUGCUGCUGAACGUGCUCCCUCCUCGCCAAGCACCAUCUUCCUCCUCCUCCUCCUCUUCUUCUUCUUGCUGUGGAAUAAACCACUUUACCCAUUUUUAACCUUAAAAAAAAAUUUUUUUUUUUUGUUCCUCAUCUUAACAUGGCUCCACUCUUCCUUUGUUCUUCUGUUUCGGGAGAACUCGCUGACGAUAAUUUUUCUGGAAACUGUAUUAAAAUCAUGUCUGACUCUUCUUUUCUUUUAAUGUACCAGCUCAACUCGGCGUCACAUCCUGGUUGUAUUAUAGCCCAGUCUUAACAUUAAAACUUAGAGCAAAUCAUUUCAGCUCCAGUCUGCAAAUUGUACAAGAAUAAAACUUAGCAUUAACAGUUUAUUUUGUACAGCAGUGGGGUUUUGUUAAUGAAUUCUGUGCUUAAGUCACCAUAUUUGCAUUGGCAAAAAAGAAAUCCAUUCGCCUUGAGUAUGUAAAUGGGGUUUUAUUAUUUUGUCCUGUGCCUUAUGUGGAAAGGAACUUUGGUUCUCCCCCUCCCCCUUUUUUCCUUCUUCCCCUCUUCCUGCUCUGACGGAAGCGGGACAGGAGAGUUGCCCCCCCCACUUGACUCCGCCACGUUUAAACUAUCAAACUCUCCUGCGAUGACUUUACUGUGAUUGAUGUAGUGAAUUGAGGACAAGGGGGUUAGAGCAAGAGAUUCCAGUCUGCUUGGUGUCUCCUUCUUCCCUGGGGAGGGAAAGGGGGGGGGCUUUAAAUGCUGACCAGUUCCUGCUGCCAUUUUCUCUCUACCAAUUUCCUCCUUAUUUCCUUUCUCUCUCUUUCUCUCUCUUUUUUGCUUGCAUGCCGGUUUUAUUUUUUAUUUUUUAUUUUAUGGUGUGAUGUGUUUAAGAGACGGCAACACAGUACGUUUGCCAAAUUUAAUUCGAAGCACUGAUCACGGAUUCUAGCUUUCUGAGGUAAAACGUGAAGUAUCUACUAACCUUUGUCUAGCAAACGUCAGGCCCGCUACUAUCCCCCCCCCUCCCUCCUGCGUAGUUAUUGGGGUUUAUGGUAAUAAUGGAAGAAUUAAUUGCAUGCACUAGUUUCCUAAGGAGGAUGGUGAUGAUGAUGAUGUGGCUGUUGUUGAUCUUUAUGUAUGACUCUGCCAGGCGGUUCACGAAUCCACAGCCCUCGACACAGAAUUGGUUCUCUUUGCUGCUCCAGGCAGGUGACUCGGUAGCCUAGUACAUAUUUAAGACGGGUGGGGGUGGGGGAAAGAGGGCAGGUGAGUCGAAUGGUCGCACCCCUAGGAUGCUCUCCUUCUGUGUUUGAGUUCUUCACAAUAAAAAACAUCCCUUGUUUACAACCCUGGGCAAUUGUAAAUUCUUUCAACGGAUGCGGAAGGACGGCGAGCAAACGCAGCACCUCCUCUCUUCCUUUUUCCCCUUUUGCACGAGCAAAAGGGCGCACGCUCUGCUUUUGGGUUCCCCUCGGGGGCAGGACUUGCAUUUCCAGUUUGCUGCCUUGCCUCUCGCUCUGGCUCUGCUGCAGAGAUGUCGAUGGAGUGCCCGCCUUGAGAGCGUGGGGAGGGGGGGGUCCUUUGCUUCGGGCAGAGCCGGGGUCGGGACGAGAGCUGGUUUCUCUUGAGGUGCGUGCUGAGCGGGGUGCCUUACUGGGACUGCCUUCUCCCCACCGCCAAGCCUGCCUGCAAACCCACCGCAGGAGGGGGCUCUUGCAGCACAGUCUCUCCUGCGCCCCCCCUCUCCCCCCAACCCAGGUGUGCUCCAGAGGUUGGCUUGAGGAUGAACUUGUUGCCCUUGUUUUUAGGAAACUUCCUCUACUAAUUAAAUCAGCUGGUGAUGCUGAUUUUAAUUUUUAAUUAAAACCACACACACACAGACACACGAAAAGUGUUUGGAACUCUUGCCUUGCUCUGGUGUCACCUGCGUAGGAACUGUCCUUUCUCAUUCUCUCUCUCUCUCGCUUUCUCUCCUGUGUUGAGCAGUCUGUCUCUUCCCGUGCUUGUUAACCUCUCCCAGCUGAGUGGCUGUUGAAGCAAAGGCAAAAUAACUGGGUGACUUGAGGGGACAAAAAAAACAAAAAACCAGUGCCGUUUUUUGUUCCUUGCGUAAUGGUGUUACUGAUUAGUGUUGUAAAUAGAAAAUGGCUGGCUACCUUUUCAGAGCUGCACUUUCUAACGUUACCAAGAGAGAGAAAAAAGGGAAUGUGGAGUCUGCAUCGAAAUCCUUUUUUGUAUAACCUUUGUUUAAAAACGUGCGCUUUUUUUAUUUGCUUCCUGGGCCUGGCCCUCCUGUAUGAGUCUCUUUGAGAUCCUUUGUAAAAGCUGUGUUCAUUAAGCACCAAGCAGUUAAAAAACAAAACAGUCCACUCUCUGGUACUACUAGCUAAAAAUUCAUAUUCUACUUAACAAGUUAAAUAAACUGAAAUAUUUCUA